GUCGUGACCAGGAAGUGACUGAACUGUCAGUGGUUCGCUUGUUCUCGUCUUCGCUAUUUCGUGUGUUGGUGACCGCCGUCCUACUCCCCUGGUUGGGGAGAAGGCGGCAUGUUCUGGAAGAUGUGGGGAGCUUGGGGCCAUCGGUCGCUUUAUUCGGUGACUGGACUUCUCUGUGCACUGCUUGCUCUCAGUUUACUGCCAAACGUGAAUUCCUCCCCGGGCGUCUCCCCCGCUCCACCCGCGUCUUCUACUAGUGCCAGCGGUCUCCGACCUUCGGCGGGUGGGAAGGAGAACAACUCGAGCACCGCUGUAGAAGGCCCGCUCUCAACGGUGCCUGCUGGUCCUCCGCCCAAUAAACCCCGGACUCAGAGGGCCCUUGCAGUGCUAGUGGUGGUGAGCGCCGCCGUUAUUAUCUACUUUGUCAUCAGGACAAUCAGGACAAGGAGGAAACAUAAGAAGACAAGAAAAUACGGUGUUUUGGAUACUAACAUAGGGAACAUGGAGUUAACCCCAUUAGAGCAAGAAGAAGAAGAUGAUGAUACAUUGUUUGAUGCCAAUCACCCUCGCAGGUGAGCAACUGCCUUUUCUUGGAUGAUGACAACCAGGAAAUAGACUUUGUGCUUAAAAAAAUCCACAAGUCUCAUUUUUCGUGGUACCCAAAGUUUGUUUUUGACUGCACUAUAGUCAUUUUGUAAAUACUUUAUAGCAGAAACACUAAAAAUGUAAAUUACAAAUUUUUCAUUAAAGGAUCUUAUUUAAGACCACA